GAGGGAUGUUCUAACCUAAAGAGCGAAAGGGGCAGACAGACACCGGCUGCAGCCCAUCCGCCCCAUCCAGCACAGCAGAGCACAUGAUUCUCUCCUGCUCUUAAAACCAUCACUAGCAUCCUCUGGAAGAGAUGACAAGCCAUUAGAUGUGUGCUUUCAUAUCGACUGUGCUCAUCGGAUACACUCGCACAAAGAUACUACAGCCCCGGGUGUUGACAUGGAGCAGGUGCAUUUCGAUGAACGGGACAAAGCACAAAGAUACAGCCGUACGGGUUCACGUGCGAACGGCCUCCCGAGCCCCACGCACAGCGCCCACUGUAGCCUGUACCGAACCCGGACCCUACAGGCUCUGAGCUCGGAAAAGAAAGCCAAGAGGGUCCGGUUCUACCGCAAUGGAGACCGGUACUUCAAAGGGAUUGUGUACGCUAUUUCCAAUGACAGAUUCAGGUCUUUCGAUGCUCUGCUCGCAGACCUCACCCGCUCCCUAUCAGAUAAUAUAAAUCUGCCUCAGGGCGUCCGGACCAUUUAUACCAUUGACGGGUCGAAGAUUACCAGCAUGGAUCAGCUGGCGGAAGAUCACAUUUGUCGGUUUGGAUUUGUACCUGUUCUCCACAUGAAGACAACAGGCUGGAAAAUUCUGGUUUUGGAGCUAGUCUGA